UAUAUAAAAUUUUCGAAAAUGAGAAGAUAGAAGAGUCCUCCAUUGCACACCAUCAUCACCAGCAACUACCACAGUCUCAGACUCGGACGCUGCUGUCUCCGUCCAAAGCUCGAUUUCUUCGUCACCAUUUCUCGGUUCUCGGGGUUUUUGCUUGCAGCUGAAGACGAACGAGAGAGGAAGAGGAAAAGAAGGCGUACCAAUUCAUGGGGGGUGGAGCAGAUCAUGGACAUGGGGAAGCGUCCCACGGGGAUUUCCGGGCCAAGGUUUGGAGCAUGACGGGCGGCCCAAACUGCCGGCCCAAGCACUGGCGCCGCAAUACCGCCAUCGCCAUGGCCGGCGUCUUCCUCAUCUGCAUACCCAUCGCCAUGAAGUCCGCCGAGCUCGAGCAACGGCCUCAUCAGCCUGUUCGUCCAAUUCCUUCACAGCUCUGGUGCAAAAACUUUGGAAAUAAAGACUACUAAAUCUAUCCUGGACCCUCAUGUGAAGAAGCAUUAGUGGAGGUCGGAUAUCUAAUUCUUGCAGUUUGCUACCAUUUUCUUGUAUCUGUUGAUUGCAGAGAAUAUGGGCAUUCUUCUGAGACUCGCUUUGUUAAUGUUUUAUAUGGUUUGGAUCUGGAACCCAUAGUGUGGGUCUACCCAUCUUGCUGUUUUAUCUAUAACAAAAAUAAGAUGAUGACUAUUUUGCUUGCUUUCAUAAAGAAAACGAUAAGAUAGUCUUGGAAGUUGUCAUAUUGAUACUAUUUUGUUUCUCGUCA